AUGCUUCCAUCAGAGAUGAAUUUCGCCUCUAUGAAUUCCUGAUGUCACUUCACAAGGACUUUGAGCCCAUUCGAGGUCAGCUUCUAAAUCGCAGUCCUGCUCCCUCUCUUGAUACUGCUGUGAAUGAGUUAGUUAGAGAAGAAGCUCGUCUUGCAACCCUUCAAGCCCAGAAUAAGCUCAAUGUUUUGGCUAUUACUCCAUCUACUCCACUCAUAGAGCAACCUCAGCAAUCAAGUGAUUCCUCUGGCUCUCACAAUCGUCGCAAGCAGUCCAACAAAAAAGUCUGCAACUAUUGCAAGCGUUCUGGCCACACCAUUGAGACUUGUUUCCGUCGCAACAAAUCUACUGCUGCUGUUGCUAAUACUGAGCCUACUCUGCCAAUGGCUUCCACCUCAGCUGAGUCCCAGUCUUCUGGAUCCACUGUCAACCUCUCCCCCACUGAACUACAGGAAAUCAUAGCUCAGGCUGUUCGUAUGGCUGGUAAUGCAUCUCUUUCCACUGCCCUAUCUGUUCUACCCGGAUCCGAGGACGGGACAAGAGCUUGGGACCGGCCCUAGAGUUGGGCGUAUGUUUCCCGUGGACAAUCUUCAUCUUCCACCUGUUGCUCCUGUUUCUGUUGCUGCUGCAGCUGCUGCAGUUUCUUCCUU